AUGGCGUCUGACUACUUCGGUCAACGCUCGGAAGACUCGUCCUCCUCUUCCAGCAUCACCAUCACAUCACGCACAGCGUGCCAGACCCCAUCACAGGAUACGACUGCCAGUUCGACUGGUCCACCGUCUCGCUCUUCGUCCGCUUCGUCCGCUUCUACGGAGCCCGACAGCUAUGCCGGCGCCUCAUAUGAUGUCAAAGGAAAGCGCAGAGCCAGCCAAGACGACGAGCACGAUCUCUCGGGCGCAAUACACCGUCUCUCCGUUGAGCCUGAAUCGUCUCUGACGCCGACCCAGAACGUAUCUUCAACACAAGAAUCUCCUACGUCGAUAGUUGACUUCAUGGCAUCUCGGCUACCACCAGCAGCUCGCAAAGGUUUGGCAGCCCCAGUGGACAGAGAACGACGCAUCAGGAAAGGUCGAGACAUGUCUUCCAGAUCUGUCGCCCCCAGCCCGCUGCGGUCUGCUUUGAACACUUCGCCAACCACAGCCAGCGCAUCUCAAUUCGCCUCCCUGCUCGGCCAGCCAACAGCCGUCUCAGCCUCGCUCUCUGCGCCUGACAAGAGCUCUGCCGCAGCAACCUCCGCCGCACUUCCCUCGUUGUACAAGGCAAGCAGGGGGCGCAGCAUGAAUGUCAGUCCCAGUCGCAGAUGGGAUCGACGCGGUGCUAGCGCUACCGUGCUCAGCGGAGCAAGUGCGAGCGGCAGUGGGGGUGAAGGCGACGACCCAAGUGACGACGACAUCGACAACAGUCGAAUGCGUUCGUCCAGUCGUCGUCUCUCGGUCGCCAAAGAAGAGGCUCUUUUCCCUCCAGACGAUGACUCGCCGCCGUUCUCUCCAUCAGAAGAGGUCGGUAAUCCAGUCGAUGCGCCUCCACAGGGACGUCGGCGCUCUAGGCGCUGGUCCAGCAUCGAGCGUGAACGCAGACGAGGAAUGCGCAUCCUUUUGCAGGAGCAUUCGACUCAGCUCGGCGACUCUGUGUCCACUCUCAAACCUUCUCGCCGCGAAUCCUCCAGUCGUGGUCGAACGCGCUCGACGCUUCAGAGCUCCAGCACUGCGGAAGACGAUGACUCCGACGUGGAUCUGUCAAGCUCGCUAUCGAGUUGUUCCAGCAGUUGCGAUCGCGCGUACGUCCCAAGAAGGGGCGAUACCGCUGCCAUUCCCAUCACAGGUACUCGAAGUCGCUCAAAGCUUGCAAGCGAAAUCGCGUCGACCGCUUCGGUAAGCGCUGCCUCCAGCCAGGGUAACGUUCCAUCUUCCAUGGAUGACAGUGAUGACCCUUCGCCGGCAGCAUCCACUCCUUCCACCUCGCUUGUCCAGCGAAGCCCUCCCGGCUUGGCUGCUCUCAAGCCCAUCAUCGCUAUCCCGGUGACUUCCGAGGCCGACCCUCUUCUGGGCCUAGCCACCCCGAGCGUCGAGGACAUGAUCCAAGUAGACAAGGUCGAAUUCUUCCCAGAGGAAGCCAUCACUGCACAGCUUGCCUCGGACAAGACCAAGCGCAAGACGUCUCCAAAGCGAGCCAAGAAGUCAUCUUGGAUCAUUGGCGAUUUCGAAAGCGAGCCAGAAAGUGAUGACGAGCCAAGAUCUGCACAAAACAAGCUCGAUACAGCUCGUAAAAGUAGCAACGCCACUGCUCUCAACGCAUCGCCUCCUUCGCCCACAGCCAGCAGCUACCAGGCCCGCCUUGCCAGUCUGCAAAGUCAACUGCGCAUCUGGUCUCGUACUCCGGAAGCGCCCGCGGCUCCUCGAGUCCGCGAGACGUCUUCUGGCUCAGAAGGACAGACCGACACGGAGGCUGACACCAAGGACGCCGACUCGGCCAGCUCCAGUCUCUUGUCUGCCAGCUGGCGGAAUCUGACACGACUUCCGAACCUGAUUCUGCUGCCUGGUCUGGCCGCAAGGCAAGCACGCGAGUCUCUUGCUGCAUCGGCUAAGGCUCAGGACGGAACUACAGGAAGCGACGGCAAGGAAGCAUCCGCCCCCACAUCCGAGAAUGACUUUGCGCAGAUCUACCGCCUCGCAAGCUCAUCUCAGGGUUCUUCUGACGAGUCGGUGUUGCAGGCACAGCGCAACGCUGCCAUCAAGACGGGUCGACCGCCGUCCCCGUCACCUCCUACCUCGCUUCUAGGCUCUCGACAGAGCAGCGACGACAGCAUUAGCACCACUGAUCAAGCCUACUCGGCCCGCAACCCAUCGAAUGCCUCGCGCAGUGGAAGAGGUGUUGCGUCGCCUUUGGAAGCCGAUCGGGACCCGUCAGCCUACGUCUCUGGCCUCGGCCAGCCCAUUGACCCAGACACCGAGCUGUCUUCCGUGGUGCAGCUGCAGACCUUCCGCAGUCGAAGCCGGAGCAGGCCUGCCGACCCAGCACACAGAGGACGUGGGGCCGCACAGUCGCGCUCGUACCGCCAUCAAGAUAGGCACGACGAUGCGCGCGGCCCACGGUCACCCAAGCAGCUCGGCCAAGCGAUCGAGUUGGAGCCCACAGAGGAGGAGAAGGAGAAUGCACCGGCUGCCACCGCAGAUAGGCCAGGCGCAGGUGGAGCGACAGGUGCGCUCGCCAUCCAGAUUCCAAGCCCGACCCGUCAGAGUCGGCGAGACUUGUUUGCUGAUGGACCCGCCCCAACAGAUACCGCCUCUGCGCCCACCUCGCCGACCUUCCGCAAAGGCGCGUUGUCAUCUGCGUCGAGUGCAGACGAGGCGGACGCACCAUCUCCACCUCGCGCAGGCGAGGGCUCGGAGAGUAGUUCCGUCGACGCCGAUGGCUUCCGCAUUGUCCGACGGCGACCGCACCGAAGGUUUUCUGGUUCCAAAUCGCUCAGGCCCAAGGUGGACGCGCUGGUGCCUCAGGGUUUCUCUGCAUUCGCGGGAGAAGACGGAGAUGAGAAAGUGGGGGACUCAGACUCUGACGGAGAUGCGACUCCUUCGCCUGCCCAAUCACGCAGAAACCGAGGUCGUCGGGGUCGCAACUCUUCGCCUCGCCGCUCCAACCGUCAAUGCGCAGUGGGUCUCUUCGGCGGAGGCGGCGCGACUUCGAACGAACCGCCGUCGACUCCUCGUUCUCGCUUCGGUGGUCGCCGAGAAGGUUCGAAUCUGGGAAUGUCUACUCCUAUUCGCACCGUUCGAUCCUCGCCUGAUCUCACGUACGCUGCCGCGGCUGCCGCUGCCGCGUCUGCUCGUGAUGGCGAUGCGGACAACCAAGACGCGAUUCAGGAUGACCCUUCACCACCUCGUGGCUCCAGGGGACGCCGAGGAGCCGUCAAAGUGGUCGCGUCAUCUGUCGGUCAACGGGCCUCGAUGGCGCAGCCUCUGCUCCUUGCGGGCGUCGAGGGGGUCGGUCGUGGACCCUCUUACCCGCCUCGCGCUGUCGAGAUCCUUGAAGAUGGAUCGAACAGCCCAGAUGCUAUAGAGCAAGACGCGACCACCUCAUCCGCAGCACAGGGCAGUCGCGGACGAAGCACCUCAACCACUUCCUGCGGCAGUGCCUCUCCGCAACCCUUCCGUUUCCGCCUACUCAGCAACUCAUCGCAUCUGCUCAUGCUCUCGCUCGAGCUGGAUAUGAUCAAGAAGCAGAAAAUCUCGGCGCCACUCAAGCCGCGGUGGGGCAAACACCGGGCGAACGACUUCAACCCUCUACCCUCGACCAUCUCGUACUCGUCGACGUCGGCGUUAUUCGCCCCGUCGAGCUAUCUUCGCUCGCCAUUCUCGGGUGAUGCCAGUGCGGGCGAGUGCGACGAUGGUGACUGUCAGCCGUGCACCGAACCCAAGGGCGUCAGCCGAGGCAGGGCAAACAAGCCUGGCGCGUCGGUCAGCACCAUCGGCGGCGGCCUCAGGGAUCCGAGCAGCAGACUUCGAUUCUCGUGGAAGCUCACCGAUAUCGCUUCCGCCCUCGACGGCGCCCCUACCCCCACCAGAGGCUGA